AUGGUCCGCAUCCUCUCUCUCGCUACUCUGCUGAUGGCCAGCGCCAUCACUGCCCAGGCUGCCCAGUGGUGCCAGUGCCUCUUCCAAGAUGACUCGCACUGCUGCGUUUACAAUGAUCCCAAGAUUGGCAACCUCGACUGCCAGCGCUGGUGCACUAACGCCCACCGCGCCGAUGGUGCGACUAACCCGAACAACCCUCUUGAGGCCGGCACCGCCUGCAACGCUGGUGGAAAGUACAAAACUGUCAGUGGCAUCAACGCUCAGUUCCGCACCCCUUGCUACAAGCAGUAG